AUGCUCGGUGACGACGAAGAUGUUUUCGACAGCGUCACUUGGGAGUCUCCUGCCGCGCCUUCCAACGACGUUGGCACCACCGCUGCACUCUCCGGCCCUGGGUACAGGCAGAGUACCGCAGAGAGCGAAGAGGAACGAGGGCCAAACGAUCCCAAAUGGGAGGGAUAUCUUAUAACUACUGUCCGGGACCCAGUCAAGGAACUCGCUGAGACCAAGGACGCAUAUGUGUCCUACUUGGUCAGUGCUAAGACCAAUCUCCCUAUCUUUUCGACACCCAACCCAUCCUCUCGCAGGCGCUUCCAGGACUUUGUGUUCUUGCAUGAUCACUUGGCGAAGGAUUUCCCAGCAUGUGUCGUGCCUCCAUUACCUGACAAGCACCGACUUGAAUAUGUCACCGGAGACAGAUUCAGCCCGGAGUUCAUGGAACGGCGGCGACUCGAGCUCCACCGAUUCAUACAGAGACUAGCGCGACAUCCAACACUGCAGCGGAGCACAUUAUUGCGGGCUUUCUUCGAGUCUUCAGAAUGGCAUGUCCACAUGCACCAACACGUAGCGCAUCCCCCCGGCCCCGAGCCGUCGGUCGGGAUGAUCGACAGCAUCUCCGACACGCUCCUGAACGCGUUCUCGCGCGUGCGCAAGCCGGACGAGCGCUUCCUCGCAAUGCGCGAGGGCGUAGACAAGUUCGAGGAGGGCAUCACGCACGCGGAGCGGCUCUGGAACCGCAUGCGCAGUCGCACGAACGACGGCAAUCUGGAAUCGUCCGGAGAAGAUCUCACCGGCGACUAUCAUGAUUUCGCGGUCGCCGUGCAGGGCCUUGGGUUCCUCGAGUCCGGCAUUACGGACCCGCUAAACCACUUUUCGAAUACGCUGCUGGAGUUCUCAGCGCUCCUGCGCCAUACGACGCACACAAACACAGACCCGUUCCUCGUGCACCUACACUCUUUACUCACGUACUCGCACGCGAACCGUGCGGUCCUGAAGCUGCGUGACCAGAAGCAGAUGGACUUCGAGGAGCUCUCGGAUUACCUAUCGGGGAUCACGUCGGAACGAGACAGGCUCGCCGCGGUGAUCAACGGUCACGCGGGCAGCACUGGUCUCGGGCUGGGUGCCUACCUGAAAGACAAGGUAGACGCCCUUCGCGGCGCUGACGACGAUAGGAGCCGAGUGGAGAGAAUGCGUAAGCUGGACGUGAAGAUCAAGGAGCUUCAAGACGCGGUUACAACUGCACACGAAACAUCUGACGCGUUUAGCGAAGAGACCCUGCGGGAGCAGACAGUCUUCCAGUACGGGAAAGAGGCUGAGAUGAAGGAGAUGCUUGGAAACCUCGCGGACGGAGAAAUUGAAUUUUAUAAGGCGGCUAUGGAAGAAUGGGAAAGGAUUAUACCAAUAAUUCAGCGCAUACGUGUGGACGUCUGA